AUGUCUACAUGUAAAAAUUCGUUAACUAACUACUUCAAGAAAAGAAACAUCACCGAUAAUGUUGAAGAAGCGAAUCAGGUAGUAACUCAAUCAAAUCCAGUUGAAGAAAUUGAAGUUCUUCACACUAAACGAUUAAAACCAAAUGAACUGACUGAUUCCACAACACUUACUACUAACAAUACUUCUGCUUCCACUUCAAUGAUUAGUUCAACAACAACAUCCAAUACAUUAUCAUCACCGAACGAACGAGACCCAUGUCAUGGUCCUGCAAAAGCAAAAGUUUAUAUACUAUUAGGACCAUUUCAACCGAAAACAAACUUUCCUACCGUAAAUGGUCGUCAUUUUCGUGCAGAAUGGUACAAUACCUAUCCGUGGUUAGAAUAUAGUUUGGAAUUGAAUCGUGCAUUUUGCUUUCCAUGCCGUUUACGUAAUGAAAGAAAAAAUGAGAAUCCAUUUACAAUUACUGGUUUUCAUCAAUGGAAAAAUGGAACAUUGCGAUUGAAUGAUCAUCAAGCGACAAGCUGA